UGUGAUAGAAUUAUUACAACUUUCAAUGUGAACGUGGUCGUUGAACGUGUUCUAAUCUAAUAUCUAAUCUGAAUUUCUGUUUUCUGCUUCUAAUUUCAAGUAAUUAUUUUAAAAGUACCUACCAAUUAUCGUCGUGAAGGCAUAAGUUCUACAUGUGUAGUUUUAUUCUAUUCGUUAUUACCUAAAUAGGUAUUCAAUAAGAAGCAUUGCAAUCAAUAAUGGCAAAAAUAGUUUUGUAAUUUAUAAUUAUUGCAUCAAGGCACAUCACUUCAGGUUCCAUUACAAAAAUGGCUUUGGAAAAGGAUCUUAGAGUUUUAGAAAAGAAUAUUCCUGGUCAGCCCUAUAGCAUUCUACUUGAGAAGCAGAAUGUGGAACCUGGUUUACUUCUAGGGUCUCAAGCUAUAAUCCUUCUCGAACGAACUGAGAAGGACAUGAAGAAAAAAGAAAUGAAUGAAUUAUUUGACGCCUAUGGAAUUUUGGGAAUCCUGACUGCAAAUUCAGGACAAUACCUUAUUAUGGUAACCGGAAUUGCAUUUGUGGGCGAUCUAGCUGAUGAUUUUACCAGUAUUUAUCGCAUCACGCAAACGACCUUUAUUCCUCUUCGUGGUCCGUGUGCUGACAAUGAGGAAAUAUCGGAUUUGAGAAAGUUUCUAAACUCAGGAAUGUUCUAUUUCUCAUGGAUGCCCGGCAAUAACCCACCCCGUGAUAUCACGAUGUGUGCCCAGAGGAAGGCAAAGGUCUUCCAGCCGGACAACCGAUUCAUGUGGAAUCGAACUCUGCAUGUUGCCUUUAUCAUGGCCGGCAUCGAAUGCGAUGUGUGGCUACUGAGAGUGAUUUGUGGAUCCGUUCAGAUUCGCACAGUGUUUGUGGGGUCUAGAGAAGCGCGUGCUAUAAUUUUCUCUCGCAUAUGCCUUGAAAGAGCAGGUACAAGAUGCAGUGUUAGAGGGCUAAAUGACGAAGGCUUUGCAGCCACUUUUGUUGAGACCGAACACAUUACUGUCUUUAAAAAAUCUUACACAUCGUAUGUCCAGAUUCGGGGAUCAGUGCCCAUAUUCUGGGAGCAGCCUGGAAUCAAGGCUGGAUCAGAAAAAGUGAGGAUUUCAAGGGAAUUCAUACCUACUAUCAUACCUUAUCAAAAACAUGUGAUGGAUCUGAAAGGAAAAUACGGUCAUCUGAUAUUUGUCAAUCUUUUGAGCAAAUCUCCUAGUAAAGAAGGAGAAGCACUACUCAGCAAGGCAUUUGAGGCUCAUCACUGCUCGUUGCCAGAAUGUGAAGACAUUCCUUUCGUAUCAUUUGACUACGACGAAGAAAGCAGGGUGGAGGGAGCUCUGAACAAGUUAAAGAGCAAAGUUGAUGAGCAUAUGCAAGCUCACAGCUUUUAUUUCAUACAUUGGGAUGAUGAGAAAAGAGCGUACGAAGCAAAGAGUAUUCAACAUGGCACAAUAAGAACUAACGACCUUGAUUGUCUAGACCGUACUAAUAAUGUACAAUCAUUUUUUGCACUUGAGAUGCUUGAGAAGCAGCUGGAGGUGUUGGGUGUGCUCCAUUUGCAGAACAAAGAUCACAUGCUCAGUAGCUUCCGCCAAGUAUUUAAGCAGCUUUGGGCCGCCAAUCUAAAUGAACUGAGCAGAUUUUUUACCGGCUCUGGAAACACCAUGGUGAUGGAUGUUGCACAUUCUGCUGCCGAAAGUCAAUUACAAGACACUCUUCCAGACACGAACAAGCAAGCAGCAAUUGAUCUUCUACUCGGCAAUGCGGAUGCUGCUGAGCUAGCUGACAAAGCUAGAUGUCUGCUGGCACCUUCAAUUUUUUAUGGUAUGAAUUUGCUCACGGCUUAAUCUACAAAUAAUGAU